AUGUGUAACGACGAACCGACGCCUGAUGGUUUGCUUCGCUCGGACUCCUUGCUCAGUCCGGCUUGGCGAAUGAUGCUGCUGUCGGAUGGUUCGGUGACGCGUCACUUAAAGCUGCUCACCGGGCGUGCUGAUGUUAAAACGGAUGUCCUGUGGCAGGGUAAGAUCGAUCUCGACCACCGAGGUGCGCGCGAGAUCGGCGUUCCGGACGACGUCCACAAGCGACUCCUCGCCGCGUCUUCGGGCACGCUCCUACAACGCGAGGUGGACCUGUGUGAUGCACACGGUGAUCCGCUGUGUUACGCCGCGAGCUGGUGGAACACGAACACCUCCGAUACGAUCGUCCUCGACACCGACGCCGAUAACGCGUACGGUGCGCUCGAUCGUCCGGUAUGGCUCAAACUCGCCGAGGACAAGACGGAGCUCUUUCGCGAAGUCCGCCGCGUCUACCGCGGUCAAUCCGAGCGCCUAUCCUCAGCCUGGGGCCUUCCCACCGACACCUACUUCUGGGGUCGUCACUACAUCUUCUGGCUCGCUCGCAAACCGCUGUGCGUGAUCCACGAAGUCAUGAGUCCCGCGCUCGAGACGUACCUCGGCCCGGCCGCGCCCGCGCCUCGCGCGCGUCGCGCGCGCUCGCGCCGAACCUAA